AUGGCAGUGUUCAAGGAUGAUAUUGCUCUUGGGAGGAAUGUUACUGAGGCCCUAGGAAUAUUAGAGAGGGAGCUUGGCUCGCAAUACUGCUAUUGUAGGACUCUUGAGGGCUGUUCUAAUGAGGUUCAUAUCAUCGAAGACGUACACUCAGGGUCAGCGUACAUAGUGCGGUUUACGCGACAGUCUCGCUUCCAGAAUUAUAGCGUUGAAAGGAAGAUCUUAUCGCAUGUUGUGGGAAGGAGCGUAGCCACGUCACAGGCUUACCUUUUCGCAGAUGGAAUAGUGACGGCAUGCAUAGAAGGCCACUGCAUAGAGUCGGACAAGAUGCUCGGAGACAGCCCUUACUAUGAGCUUAUUGCAAGACAGAUGAGGCGUCUCCAUGAGAUAUCAGUGCAGGACGAUGGUGCUAGUGCCAUGCACCUUGAGAGUCACUACGGGCUAAAAUCCUUGCUUGAUAUCUCGGUAGACUACAUGGGAAAGGGAAGAGAAGCAGAGGUCCUCUACAAGCUUUACUCGGAAGAUGGGGUAUUGGGCCAAUUGGUCAACAACCACCCUUCCCUACUCUGGACAUGCAUUUCACACAACGACUUGCACUCUGGAAAUAUAAUCUAUUGUCCGUCGACACAAGAGGUUAGAUUUAUCGAUUGGGAGUAUUCGACAUACAGCAUAAAUGCGUUCGAUAUCGCCUGUUUCUUCCUGGAGUUUACAGGGAUUGAUUGUGAAAUCUCUGCGUUUCCUUGUGCGUCAAAGCGACAAGAUUUCUAUAGACACUACUUUGGAAACUCAAAUUUGCUCAUAGACUCGCUUUGCCUCUUCUUUGUCCCACUUGCAUGUCUGUUCUGGGCUGCAUGGUCGUCCGGAGUAGAUGGGAUCGAUGUAUACACGAAGAAUAGGACACGCCUAGGUCACGCCGUACUUCGUAAAUUGGCGAAUGAAAUCUGGCCACAGUGUGGUUUAGUGCCAGGCAAGGAGGACUAUGAGCUCCUUGAGUUGGUGGACUUCACUUUCCAGAGUCUGUACACCAAUUAA